AUGGAGAGGCUUUUUGAACUCCCCCAAAUCAAACUGCAGGUUAGCGAUAUUCAGUGCUAGAUUAUUCAGAUCCAAUUUUGCUUUUUUUGUUAUUUACUAUAUAAUUUUAUGUAGGGAGGAAAUGCUACCAGAUGGGAAUCUAAUAAGGAAGCAACGGAUGUGAUGCGUCGAAUUCUGCCUGCUCUCAUCGCAGACCUCUCACUCCAAGCCCGGAAUGAGCCAACUGCACAAGGACUGUAUUCCUUUGUAAAGGACAAGUUCUUACCCCCUGCCCUGUGCCUAAUGCAACUUGUGCAUGAAAAGAUCCACCAGCAGUUUUUGGUUUUUCAAAAGAGAAACCUUUUCUUCUCUCAGGUGGAGCAGGAGGUAUGAGAUCAAUACCAUAAUCCUUGGGUUUUCUGUUAAUUGGAAUGCUGUUGCUAGCAAAGCUGUUGUGUUUUAUCUCAGGUCACAGUGCUGAAAUCAUCACUGGCACAGCUGAAAGAGAGCAACAUGGUCAAAGACCGCUGGCAGGCAUGGCUCCAGUCUGAUGCUGGUCUGAAGCCUCUACAGGAAGAGGUCCCUGCAUAUUUCCAGGAUGAUGUGUGGGAGAGCUUCAAGAACAUUGUAUGUAUUAAGAAUGUAUUUGUGUAAUGUGGACGAAGGACUGUUUUACCUUUCUUUUCAACAUCUUCUACAGGUGAUGGAGCCAUUCCUGACUGCACUGAAUGAGAACGUCGACAACAGAUUCCCAAACACCGGCAGUCUGUCUGUCUUCAAUGUGUUCUCUCCCAGACAAAUUUUGUCAAACUCUAGUACAGAGUAUGGGGAUGCUGAGAUGAGGACACUGGCUGAGGAGUUUCCAAGACUGAGUCUGACCUGCUGUCUGAGUGGAGCUCAUACAGACUGA